AUGCUUCAAAUCGCCACCUUCACCGACCUCUACUUUGCUUCCUUCCUUCCCGGCACUGCUGCUGCUCUCGGCUACCUCUACUUUGCCUCAUUCCUUCCCGGCACCGCCGCUGCUCUCGGCUAUGCCAAUCUGCUGGUCAUGGCACCGCUUGGUAUUCUCUCCACCGCCCUCCCCGUGCCUCCUCUUGUCAUUGUCCCCUCUUCAAUCCCUACCCUUCCCUGUUCCCCCAACCUACCCCCCCUUUUGCUCCUCCCCUUCCCAGACGCCAAUCUGCUGGUAAUGGCACCGCUUGGGAUUCUCUCCACCACCCUCCUCGUGCCGCUGCUGCCUGCCUUUGCUCGUCUCGCUCAUCCUAAGGAUCGACCUCUCUUGAAGGAUAGCUUGCGACGAGGGCUGGUCAUGGCACUGGCCGUGACUCUCCCGAUGACAGCUGUCAUGCUCCCAUUGGCCCGUCCCAUCGUGCGCAUUGUCUUCCAACGACGCUCCUUUGAUGCCUCUGCCACCUCCCUCGUCUCCUCGCUGCUCUCCUGCUACCUCCUCGGUUCCCCCUGCUACCUGGCUCGGGACGUGCUCGUUCGGCUCUUCUACUCCCUCGCUGACGGCACCACGCCCUUCCUUAUAAGCACAUUCGCUAUAGCAGCCAACGCAGUCCUGGAUUUCCUAUUCGUGAGCCGCUGGAAGUUUGGACCCCAGGGGCUGGUGCUCGCUACAGCCGCUGUGAACAGUGCUUCGGCUGUAGCGCUGCUGUGUCUGGCGCACAGGAGAAUGGGAGGUGAGUGGACGGUUGGUUGGCUGUGCUCUAUGUUUCCCUUCAGGACUUGUGCUGUGCUCGCUACAGCCGCUGUGAACAGUGCUCCGGCUGUAGCGCUGCUGUGGCUGCCGCCCAGGAGAAUGGGAGGUGAAUGA